AUGAGCGCUCCGCCUCUACAAGAUCCUUCUUUGGUGGGCAUGUCAGCCCAUACUGGGGCUCAGGGCGGAGCAGUUCCUUUUCCCAAGCGCAGCAUGCACCUCCUUUCACAGAGCCGUCUUAUUACGGAUGGCACAGCUCACCACUUCAUUCUUUGUUCCCCGGCAGAAGCGGUGGACAUGGCAGCUGUCCAGCGCCAGUGUUCUGUAUCCACCCCAAAGGGCGCUGAAGGAGUCACUCUCUAUCAUGCGCCGUAUUCAGGCGGAUCGGGGCGCAGGGUUGUUGCAGUUUCUGUUCCCAUUUCUCUUGCGGCCUCUUCAGUCUUAGCAAUGGAGCUCCUCAAGAAGCGCCUGUUUGCAUGGGAAGACGAGCUCAAUGCUUCUUUUGGAGCCAUGGAUGAGGACGAUGAUCCUUCUGGUUCUGGUGAUGCAGCGGCAGGGAGACAGCAGGUUGGAACCGCUGCAGCUGGUACUAGUACGGCUGCAAGCGUCUCUUUAGGCCAGCCAAUGGGCCACCAGCAAGUAGCCCCUGCUUCUGGAAGCGCAGUCGACGCCACAGCGGGUACAGGGGCUGGUGGGGGUCCUGUGCGAGCACAUCCAGGGCCUACUACCGUGACAGCCCCACAGGGCGUGACAGGGGCCCCCAGUCAGCCAAGCUCUGGGGGUCAGCGGCCAACCUUAUUCAAUCUGCUUGAGGCAUUGGCAAGCGACAGUGUAACGACGCCCGACCAGCGGAACUCGAUUCGUGGCAUUGUUACGGAUUUCCUGAACCACGACCUUCCCCAUUCAAAAGUAUACAGUUUCAUUGGGGCCGUUGUUGGCCACGAUGUGCUCCAUACAAUCGUGAGGAAGCUGGAGAACGAACCCGGCAGACUUGGAGUACCUGACGCAGGGGGGCUGGCUAGGAUAGAGAAAGCCUUCGGGCUUAGCAAAACCACAAACCAGCAACCGGCUCACAGCCCUCAGCCCUCAGGGAGCGCCAGCAGCACGACGCCCCACGGUGUUGUAGCCGGAGGGGCUCGAUCGGCAGUGGGGGUUCCCCAGGAUCAGCAACAGACGGCUAGCGGCGCUUUCGAUGGUGGAGCCUCAGGACCAGGCCUCACGAGUAGAGAUGCCAUUCUUAGGGUGAUCAGACGCAACCUGGACUCAAGGAGGAUGCCGCCACAAAGCACAAAGGAUGUCUUUGAGAAGGUUCGCUGGUUGCCAGUGCGGCGCCCUCUCACCCCCGUCCCAGUGUUCGGGCACACGCUCAUAUCCUUCAGCAACAAGGCAAUAUUCUUUGGGGGGACCAACGAGAGAGGGGAAGGCGUAAGCUUCCGCAGUGCUUGCAUUAUCAACCUAAACUUUUUCUCUUCCCGCAUAUUUGUCUUCUGCGGGGAAUAUCCGUCAGAAAGAGAUGGCCACAGCACCAACGGUCUUACCUUGCAGCACACCCCAGGUGUGAUUCUUUUCGGAGGCCUGUCGGGUAAUCACUUUUGCAAUGAUGUUUACAUUCUGGAGCUGGAUUUCAAGAGAUGGGUACGGAAGCAUCCAGCUGGGCUGCCACCAGCUCCGCGUGACCAGCAUGCGGCGUCAGUUUUCCCAGCUAAGACGGAAACGGGGAAUUGGCGGGAGAACAGCUCAGAUCAUCUGUCCGAGUUUCUGUUUGUUUUCGGUGGGCGGACAGGGAACCCAAGCGUUUCAUUCCACUGCUUGAAUGACAUGUGGGCUCUGCACAUUCCGAGCAACACAUGGACUGAAGUUCGUGUUGGGGAUACCAAACCGCCUCCUCGGUACGGCUUUUCCAUGAUAUGGUCGGAAGACCUUCACUUGAGUUUAUUUGGCGGAGAGACGCACGGCGCCAACGGGAGGGUCUCCUGCAGAGAGCGAGUGCUGCUUGAAGACUUCUGGCAUUUCAAGAUUAAGGAUAUAGUGAAUGAGGCACACUCUGGACCAGUAGUUGUAGGAGAGUGGCAACAGGAAAUCUACGAAGGGAAAAUGGGCCCGCGCUCCCACUAUGCAGCGAUAUUCAUCACCCAGCGCUACCAGGAGCCUAGGGCAGAGCCACGUACAAUUGAACGGCUUAUGCUAAUAACGAGUGGUGUGACAACCGUUAUGGAGGGUGGUCGAGUCCGGGCCACGGAAACCGACCAGAUUAGUGUGUACUUCUUUUCCAAAAAGCAAUGGUAUACUGUCAAACCCCGAUAUCCUGCGGAUUAUGUCGGGGAGCCGUUUGGUGCAAGGCAGCGCCAUGUUGCCUGCUUUUUCGAGACUCACAACAUAGCAUCCAAGCCCAACCGCCCCCCUGUCCCGUGCCUGUUCAUUCAUGGCGGGUUCAGGCGUCAUCAGGUGCUUGGAGACGCUUGGGUUCUGUCUCUCACUGGGGAUGAUCCAUACAAGGGGCUAAUGGCUCAGGGCGGCCCAGGCGCGGUUCCCUGCCCUGUCGGGGGAGAGUCGCUACAUUCUCAUCUCAUGGGCCACGGCAUAAACUCAAUGCGAAUGACACCCUCGUGGUACCAACGGGACACCCAUACUCCUGGGAUCCUCUGGGCACUUUGCAGCCAGCAGAGGUGGCUUAUGGGGGCCAUUGCACAGCUGGUGGACAACGCCAUGCACCCGUCUGUAGGCUGCCGUAACGUUUGGAUCAAGUUCGAAGAGACUCCCGACAAAGAUCCAAUGCUCUCUGUGCAAGACGACGGGCAAGGACUUGAUUACCCGGCAAUGAAUAAGCUGUUGCGCCUCUAUGGUAGCUUCGAGCCGGGGGAACGUCGCCGAAAGGGAUACGAGUAUGGCUGCGGCUUCAAGAUGGCCUACGGUCGUAUUGCCUCGAGCUGUGCCAUAAUGUCGAGAACGCAAGGAACUAUUGGCAUAGGCAUGCUGUCCCUUGAACUGAUGGGCCAUUGCGAUGCUCGGGAAAUUGCUGCGCCAAUGUGCAUGUGGCGUUUGCCGAACAAGGAGCUCAUCAAUAGGGACCCCAACAACAUGGCGGAUCACCGGCACCACCAGCGCCUGCUGAUGACUUACACACCAUUCACAACCCCAUCGCUUCUGGCGGAGCAGAUCAACGUGCUGGGUACCAUGCCGGGGUCUCGCAUGGUGUUUUGGGAUCUUCGAGAUGACCUGGAUUCCUUGGUGGUGGACCCUCGAGAUAACAUGAUGUACCUGUCGUCGGCUCCGGACGUCCGCCUGCCAGUCCAGGGGAGGUGUGGAAGCUCUCCCCCGUCAAGGAACGGCGAAACCGGGGCAUGCUCGUCAGAGGUCAAGACGGCGGACCAUUUGAGCCCCUCACCUGGGUCGCGUGCGACGGAAGGCAAGCCAGUGGAAGCCCAUGGGGUCCCGAACGGAUUUGUGUCUGAAAGUUCAAAAAAUGGCAACGAGGAAAAGCCACAUGCAAUUCGCGAUCCGUGCCGGCCACCCGUUGAUGAAACUGUUGCAACUAAUACGCACGUAGGGCCUGCAAUGUUGGAUGUGGACGAAGAUGGGAAACCGCUAAACACUUCAUUGCAGGGUGAGUCCAGUCAUGCAGAAGAUAGGAGUUCUGGAGGAGCUGUAAAAUCGGAGCAGCCACCUGAAGUGGGUUCAGAGCGUACCAGCUCUGCCGACGUCCAAGUGGAGCAGGCAAGAAGCCAGAAAGCACUGCCUCCGCAUUUCCCCCUUUGGACAACUGCAAGACAUUCACCAGACUAUUGCUUGGCCACUUACUUAUUUUGGCUUAAUUUGCAUGCACCGGCCACCAUUCACGUCCAAGGCAUGCCUCUUACACCUCAGCCGUUGAGUUACGGCGGACGACAGAGGGAGCCACGAGAAACAAAGGCUGCGUCGGAGGUGGCGGAAACUGCUGCUGAAAUGCAUAUCAGUAAGGAGCAGCAGGAGGCGGCAGAGUUACAGGCAGAGGCAGCAAGCGGCCUCAUUGCAUCAAUAUCGAGACCUCAGACUGCCUUGGCAGAAAAGCGGUCUUCUGAUGGGGAGCUCAUGGCAGACGGCAGCACUAUUUCGCCUUCAUUGUAUCUCUUCUUGAAGCAGCGCCUUUAUGCUCCGGCAGAACUUUCGUACCUUUUUACGCCAGCGGAUCAUGAUGCCGGAUGCUUCGCGUUGAUGGGUUUUUUGAAUGACCCGAUGAACGAGUCAUCACAGCCCAGGGUUUGCGAGGCAGGGGUUAUGUUGUACUUCAAGCAACGCCUUAUUCGAAAGCUGGAGUGCACGUUUCCAGACGCACCGAAGUACAUUGAGGCAUCGCGAUAUCCCCCGAGUGAGCGCCUCUUCGGGCAAGAUGGGGAACCUCCGCAAAUAUGCAGAUAUGCCUUCACCGCGGUGAUAAAUGUCCCGGAGUGGAUGCUACCUUCCUUGAACAAGCAGGAGUUUCUUCACGAGAACAACAAACCAUAUCUCACAUUUAAGGCGAGAUGCCUGAAGCUGAUGCAGGACUAUCUUUCUCGUUGCAGGAGUCCACAGGCGUUGAAUUCAUGGAUCGAACAGAGAGCAAAACGGCUGGCUGAGUAUCAAGAUAUGCAACGGCGAAACAGGCCGAAACGUCGCCUCAAUGAAGACCUAACUGACGAGGAGCAGCCUCGUCGCAGCCCAACUCCGCCCUUGACGCACUCGAGCUCUGGAGCUCCCAUUUGGACGGGGCAGCGCGGCAGUAAUGCAGGUUCUGCGGAGGAUGGCACUGGUACAACGAAACAAGUACAGGAGUCAGGUGGAGCUGAAGACCCGCCGGCAUAUUCCAACGAUGGGGAAGCUGCCGGUGAAGAGCCGAUGGCUGCAGCAGCUUCCGUCAGGAAGGGUGAACUGAGCACCGACGAAAUGGCUCAGGAUGGAAAAGGAGCACCUGCAGACAUUCCUGUUACAGGUUACACUGAGUCAGAAGAGAAGGAGACAAAGGAGGAAGGUGGUGGCGAUGUCACGGGAGAAGCAGCAGUUACGAACAAGUCAGAAGAAUCCUGGACUCAACCUGUCGCUUCAGCAGAGGAUGCUCCAGCGGCGGAUUGA